CAAUAUACCCUUUGUUGGGUAAUGUUAGAUAUUUCAAUUACUCUCACUAUGUUUUUAUUGCAAACUUUUUGACUUCGUGAUUGUAGCGGAAAAUGAAUAACCCUCAGUUAGAACAAGAAAGUCGCAUAAAAUCAUGGUUAACUAGAGAGAAGAAUGAAUACAAGACCAAAGCCAACCUGUAUAGAAAGGAAGCACAGAGCAAUUUGACAGAAUUGAAACAGCUUGAAUGUCGAGUACGAGAAAAGGAAUCAGCUCUGAGAGUCCUCCAGGAUCAAGCUUUGGCCCUCGUUCUCAUCGAAGAGAAACAUAAAGCCCUUCAACUGAACACAAGGGUUCGUCUGAUGAUAUUGCAGUACGAGCAGAUGAAACGAAUGAGGGACAUGACACUUCAGUGGUUUUGUCAACACCUCUGCCCACCCUUGACAAAAAUGACUUUGGAAGAGAAGCAAAAGAUCGAAAAACAGGAAGAAUUGGAAAUCUACAUUAAAGCAAAGAGAGAGCUACAGGAAUAUAAAGCUCGUUACGGAAGGGCACUUUUGUUAAGAAACCGACCUAAGAUCAAGGCGAGUGAGGUCACUGCGAGGGGUGACUACGACCACCACCACAAAACCUUACCAACCUCCCAUAUUAUUUUGAGAACUCCCAAACCCACGCCUAACGCAAGACCAUCAGGUUAUGAUACAAGUUUCCCGGAAGCUGAAGACACCAGCAGUUCUGUACUUGAUGAUGAUGAUAAUGAUGCUAAUGAUACUCUAACUCUGGGUUCAGAAGAACAAUCUCAGGAAUCUUUCCUAAUACGAAAUACGGAAUCCAAUACUUUAGUUGAACACAUAUCUCAAAACUCGUCGUCGCAUUUUAUUACCGAUACACCAGCCGAAGUACAAAGUAUCCUAGAGCCACAAAUGCAUUAUCUUCAAGUACCACAAGAAUCAAAACAACUCAAAUCUGUGUAUCCUCGUAACGCGUUGUCAGAUGAAAUAAAUGAGCAGCAGACGCGUGCCUCAUCACCUGCACCAUCACGACCCGAUAAUUCGACUAUUUCAGACUACGAAAUGCUUGAAAAUUCUUUGUGUGAUCUCGUGCUAAUAAUUAUCGAGGAGCAAAGAAAGAAGGCUCAGGAUGAGAUGGAUCGUCUUGCGGCUGGAGACGAUGAGAGCGUCAUAAUGAGGUCAAACAACAGCGUAAAUCGUAUCGCAUCAACCAUGGUCAAUUUGAUGUUGUGUAAACAAUUUCGUGAAUUAGAAUCAGCCAGACGCCUUGCAUGCGGAGAAAAUGAUGGUCGUGACGAAUUAGAAAACUUAUUUUACAAAUUUCCACAACCAGUCGACUCUUAUCAAAUAAUAUCCCCUCCUCUUAAUGUAGAGGAACUAAGUGAUGUAGUUCUCGACCCCAAUAAAACUAUUUUAAGCCAAAUAGCUGUUGUGGGAUUGGGUGCUAUGAGCUCAGGAGGAUCAGGCCCCCCAAUAUUCGGCGGUGGCGUUGCUGGUGGACGACCUUUGAACAACUUUGAGGCCACAUCAUCAGCUUCAGGAACCAUAGAGCUUUUGUCACGACGGGACGUCUCCGACAGUGCGAUGGAUUUUGUAGUACAGCCAAGUGAAUUUGUCAAGGAGCAUGUCGUCGCUGUUGAAUCCGAUAUGAGCACCGUCGGAGGAUUUCACCUGCAUCCAGAACUCGGAGAAUCUCAUAUACAUGUGCUGGGAAGCACCUCGGUCUCUCCAAGUUUUGCCAACUUUGAAAAUAAAUUUGGAAUUGCGACAGAUACAUCUGGACCGUCGCGAAACAGCCAACAACAAGGCUCCACUCAACCACCUCCAAUAGCAGUUCAGCAGCAGGGCACAUCUCGACCAGGACACAAUUCUCCUGCGCGGGGAGCAUCUUAUCCUCCAGUCUUUUCAUCAGCGCCACAAGACGUGAGAAAAAGUGUGCUAGAACAACUGAGCAGCAUUCGGGACGAAGUAGACGCUCUUAGAAGAGAAAUAAUUGACGCCGGAAGAGGAAAUAAUUCAAGACGGUCUGGGUCACAACAACCUCAAAAUUCGUCAGAGCAAAGGUCACAGCAGCAACAACCUAGAUCUUCGUGAUGCAUUUAUCGGUGAUUGGUUAGAUCUCCGCAUGUCCUGUAGCUGUGAAUAUCCUUCGAAUAAAUUGAUUUUUAAAUCGAUAAUUUGGAUAUGACUAUAUUAAUGUAUACAUAUGCACAUUUGUUAGACAGAAGAAAAAACAAACACAAAUAAUGUUGUUAAAUAAUUUCUUUUACUUGUUGUUCAUGCGAUGUCCUUACAAUAUACUUUUUUUCUGACUGGAUGUGAGACAAGCUUGAAAAUGGUAAUUGGAUAUAUAUAUGUAUAUUAUUUUAUAAUGGUACGACAAAUUAAAAUGGGGUAAAUUUAACAGGAUAAGAUGAUAAUAAUAGUGUAUGUUGCAUGGUACGCAUUCCUAGCGUCAUAAUUUGUUGUCAAAAACACGCGUAUAUAUAAUAUGUAAAU